AUGCGUGCUGCUCUCAAUAUUCAACCAAGAGUUAUUCAUGAAGAAUUGUACUCUGUUCAUGGCGAUCAGGCUCCUUGUCUUAGAACAGUUGAAAGAUGGUUUCAACGAUUCCGUGAAGGUCAAGUAGAGCUGGAUGAUGAAGCACGAUCUGGCAGACCCAUUGCUGUAACAACUCCUGAUAAUAUCGAACAAGUCCGUCUGAUCAUUGAUGAUGAUUCUCGUGUGACGAUAGAAGAAAUACAAGAGCAAACUGGUCUAACCUAUGGCACUACUCGGCGAAUCAUCAAGGACCAUUUGCAACUUACCAAAAUCACCGCUCGUUAUAUACCGAAGGAACUCACUGAUUUCCAACGGAACGAACGAGUUCGAAUAUGUAAAGAAAAUUUAAGAAAAUUUAAAGAUGGAACGUGGCGUUUAUGUAAUGUGGUGACAGGUGACGAGUCUUGGUUCUUUCACAAACAAACCGGUCGAAAAUCAUCAAAUGCUGCUUGGGUGGCAAAAGGUGAUGCUCCACCUACAGUACCUCGUCGCGACCGAUUUGCUCCAAGAACGUUAUUUUCCAUUUUUUUCAAAUCAACUGGUCCGCUAUUGAUUCAUCACGUGGAACGAGGCCAAACUAUCGACCAUGAAUAUUAUAUUGACAACUGCUUGCAACCUCUUGUGGAAGAAAUCAAGCACCAACGACCUUCGUACGGUACAAAUCGUAUUCUGCUCCACCAUGAUAAUGGCAAGCCGCAUAUCCAUCAGUACGUGUCUGAUUAUCUUGAAUCGGAAGGUCUUACAAUCAUACCCCAUCCACCGAAUUCUCCUGAUUUAUCACCAUGCGAUUUCUGA